AGUGAGGAACGCCUACCUCGGAGUGAGGAACGCUUUCCUCAGAGUGAGGAACGCUGUCCUCAGAGUGAGGAACACUGACCUCAGGGUGAGCAACGCUGACCUCAGAGUGAGGAACGCUGUCCUCAGAGUGAGGAACGCUGUCCUUAGUUUGAGGAACGCUGUCCUCAGAGUGAGGAACGCUGUCCUCAGAGUGAGGAACGCUUUCCUCAGAGUGAGGAAUGCUGUCCUCAGAGUGAGGAACGCCGUCCUCAGAGUGAGCAACGCUGUCCUCAGAGUGAGGAACGCUGUCCUCAGAGUGAGGAACGCUGUCCUCAGAAUGAGGAACGCUGUCCUCAGAGUGAGGAACGCUGUCCUCAGAUUGAGGAACGCUGUCCUCAGAGUGACGAACGCUGUCCUCAGAGUGAGGAACGCUGUCCUCAGAGUGAGGAACGCUGCCACAGAGUGAGGAACGCUGUCCUCAGAGUGAGGAACGCUGUCCUCAGAUUGAGGAACGCUGUCCUCAGAGUGAGGAACGCUGUCCUCAGAGUGAGGAACGCUGUCCUCAGAGUGAGGAACGCUUUCCUCAGAGUGAGGAACGCCGUCCUCAGAGUGAGGAACGCUGUCCUCAGAGUGAGGAACGCCGUCCUCAGAUUGAGGAACGCUUUAGUCAGAAUGAGUAAUGCUGUCCUCGGAGUGAGGAACGCUGUCCUCAGAGUGAGGAACGCUGUCCUCAGAGUGAGGAACGCUGUCCUCAGAGUGAGGAACGCUGUCCUCAGAGUGAGGAACGCUGUCCUCAGAGUGAGGAACGCUGUCCUCAGAGUGAGGAACGCUGUCCCCAGAGUGAGGAACGCUGUCCUCAGAGUGAGGAACGCUGUCCUCAGAGUGAGGAACGCUGUCCUCAGAGUGAGGAACGCCGUCCUCAGUGUGAGGAACGCUGUCCUCAGAGUGAGGAACGCUGUCCUCAGAGUGAGGAACGCUGUCCUCAGAGUGAGGAACGCUGUCGUCAGAGUGAGGAACGCUGUCCUCAGAGUGAGGAACGCUUUACUCAGAGUGAAGAACGCUUUACUCUGAGUGAGGAACGCUGUCCCGAAAGUGAGGAACGCUGUCCUCAGAGGGAGGAACGCUGUCCUCAGAGUGAGGAACGCUGUCCUCAGAGUGAAGAACGCUGUCCUCAGAGUGAGGAACGCUGUCCUCAGAGUGAGGAACGCUGUCCUCAGAGUGAGGAACGUUGUCCUCAGAGUGAGGAACGCUGUCCUCAGUGUGAGGAACGCCGUCCACAGAGUGAGGAACGCCGUCCUCAGAGUGAGGAACGUUGUCCUCAGAGUGAGGAACGCUGUCCUCAGAGUGAGGAACGCUGUCCUCAGAGUGAGGAACACUGUCCUCAGAGUGAGGAACGCUUUACUCAGAAUGAGGAACGCUGUCCUCAGAGUGAGGAACACUGUCCUCAGAGUAAGGAACGCUGUCCUCAGAGUGAGGAACGCUGUCCUCACUGUGAGGAACGCUGUCCUCAGAGUGAGAAACGCUGUCCUCAGAGUGAGGAACGCUGUCCUCAGAGUGAGGAACGCUGUCCUCAGAGUGAGGAACGCUGUCCUCAGAGUGAGGAACGCUGUCCUCAGAGUGAGGAACGCCGUCCUCAGAGUGAGGAACGCUGUCCUCAGAGUGAGGAACGCUGUCCUCAGAGUGAGGAACGCUGCCCUCAGAAUGAGGAACGCCUUACUCAGAGUGAGGAACGCUUUACUCAGAAUGAGGAACGCUGUCCUCAGAAUGAGGAACGCUGUCCUCAGAGUGAGGAACGCUGUCCUCAGAGUGAAGAACGCUGUCCUCAGAGUGAGGAACGCUGUCCUCAGAGUGAGGAACGCUGUCCUCAGAGUGAGGAACGCUGUCCUCAGAGUGAGGAACGCUGUCCGCAGAGUGAGGAACGCUGUCCUCAGAGUGAGGAACGCUGUCAUCAGAGUGAGGAACGCUGUCGUCAGAGUGAGGAACGCUGUCCUCAGAGUGAGGAAAACUGUCCUCAUAGUGAGGAACGCUGUCCUCAGAGUGAGGAACGCUGUCCUCAGAGUGAGGAACGCUGUCCUCAGAGUGAGGAACGCUGUCCUCAGAGUGAGGAACGCUGUCCUCAGAGUGAGGAACGCUGUCCUCAGAGUGAGGAACGCUGUCCUCAGAGUGAGGUACGCUGUCCUCAGAGUGAGGUACGCUGUCCUCAGAGUGAGGAACGUUGUCCUCGGAGUGAGGAACGCUGUCCUCGGAGUGAGGAACGCUGUCCUCACAGUGAGGAACGCUGUCCUCAGAGUGAGGAACGCUGUCCUCAGAGUGAGGAACGCUGUCCUCAGAGUGAGGAACGCUGUCCUCAGAGUGAGGAACGCUGCCAUCAGAAUGAGGAACGCCUUACUCAGAGUGAGGAACGCUUUACUCAGAGUGAGGAACGCCUUACUCAGAAUGAGGAACGCCUUACUCAGAGUGAGGAACGCUGUCCUCAGAGUGAGGAACGCUGUCCUUAGUUUGAGGAACGCUGUCCUCAGAGUGAGGAACGCUGUCCUCAGAGUGAGGAACGCUUUCCUCAGAGUGAGGAAUGCUGUCCUCAGAGUGAGGAACGACGUCCUCAGAGUAAGCAACGCUGUCCUCAGAGUGAGGAACGCUGUCCUCAGAGUGAGGAACGCUGUCCUCAGAAUGAGGAACGCUGUCCUCAGAGUGAGGAGGGCUGUCCUCAGAUUGAGGAACGCUGUCCUCAGAGUGAGGAACGCUGUCCUCAGAGUGAGGAACGCUGUCCUCAGAGAAAGGAACGCUGCCACAGAGUGAGGAACGCUGUCCUCAGAGUGAGGAACGCUGUCCUCAGAGUGAGGAACGCUGUCCUCAGAGUGAGGAACGCUGCCCUCAGAAUGAGGAACGCCUUACUCAGAGUGAGGAACGCUUUACUCAGAGUGAGGAACGCCUUACUCAGAAUGAGGAACGCCUUACUCAGAGUGAGGAACGCUGUCCUCAGAGUGAGGAACGCUGUCCUUAGUUUGAGGAACGCUGUCCUCAGAGUGAGGAACGCUGUCCUCAGAGUGAGGAACGCUUUCCUCAGAGUGAGGAAUGCUGUCCUCAGAGUGAGGAACGCCGUCCUCAGAGUAAGCAACGCUGUCCUCAGAGUGAGGAACGCUGUUUUCAGAGCGAGGAACGCUGUCCUCAGAAUGAGGAACGCUGUCCUCAGAGUGAGGAACGCUGUCCUCAGAUUGAGGAACGCUGUCCUCAGAGUGAGGAACGCUGUCCUCAGAGUGAGGAACGCUGUCCUCAUAGUGAGGCACGCUGUCCUCAGAGUGAGGAACGCUGUCCUCAGAGUGAGGAACGCUGUCCUCAGAGUGAGGAACGCUGUCCUCAGAGUGAAGAACGCUGUCCUCAGAAUGAGGAACGCUGUCCUCAAGUGAGGAACGCUGUCCUCAGAGUGAGGAACGCUGUCCUCAGAGUGAGGAACGCUGUCCUCAGAGUGAGGAACGCUGUCCUCAGAGUGAGGAACGCCGUCCUCAGAUUGAUGAACGCUGUCCUCAGAGUGAGAAACGCCGUCCUCAGAGUGAGGAACGCUGUCCUCAGAGUGAGGAACGCUGUCCUCAGAGUGAGGAACGCUUUCCUCAGAGUGAGGAACGCUUUCUUCAGAGUGAGGAACGCUGUCCUCAGUGUGAGGAACGCUGUCCUCAGUGCGAGGAACGCUGUCCCCAGAGUGAGGAACCCUGUCCCCAGAGUGAGGAACGCUGUCCCCAGAGUGAUGUACGCUGUCCUCAGAGUGAGGAACGCUGUCCUCAGAGUGAGGAACGCUGUCCUCAGAGUGAGAAACGCUGUCCUCAGAGUGAGGAACGCUAUCCUCAGAGUGAGGAACGCUAUCCUCAGAGAGAGGAACGCUGAUGAUGAUGAUGAUAAACUUUAUUUAACCACGCUAACAUUGUCAGCAGAAGCUGGUUUCCACAAUGGGCGUGUAAGAAACAUUAACAAAUUGUUACAAGUAAAAUAAUAAGGAAGUAUUAACAUGCAGAAUAUAAAAUUAUUAAAAUAUAUACAAAAAGUUUGCUAUUUACAAUGAUGUGGUUUUCUUUAUAAGCUAUAGGUAGCGAUUUUUCUUUUAAAACUUGAGAGCGAAUUACUUUCUCUUACAUUUUUUGGAAGAGAGUUCCAUAUGGUAGCUCCAUCAUACAUGAAACUCUUUUUCAUAUUGUUUGUGUUUGGCUUGGGCAAACGUAUGGUACUUGAGCUGUUACGAAGACUGCGGUUUAAUAUUUCUUUUUUGAAAGUAAAUAAUUCUUUGAGACAAUUUGGCCCCAUGUUAUUGAACGUUUUAAACAUUAUUUUUGCCUUUGCUUUCACUCUUUGUUCCUUGACUGGUUCCCAUCCUAAUAUAUUUAGCACAGUUUGUUGAUCUACCUCAUUACGCACACAUGCUAUUACACGGGCAGCUUUGUUAUGAAGUUAUUGGAGACGCGUGGAUUGCGUUUCACCAAAUAUAUUCCAAACUUGACAACUGUAGCUAAAGUAGGGUUGAAUUAUAGCAUUGUAUACGGAAACGAGUGUUUUUUUAUCAACAUAUUCUUUAAUGCUUUUGAGAGCGUAUAUUCCAGAUGAUACCUUUUUACAUAUAGUAUCUGUAUUGCUCUUCCAACACAAAUUUUCAUCAACAGAAUUUAAAGUUGCUGAACAGAAGCUUUUUUCAGCAUCUGUUUAGUACCAAUAAUUUGAAAUUCAGUUUUUGCCACAUUCAAGCUCAGUUUGUUUGCCAUGAGCCAUUUACGAAGCAUUUCUAAAUCUGAGUUUACUGCAUCUUCAAGAUCACUUAAGCAUUCUCCAGCUGCUGUGAUAUUUGUAUCAUCAGCAAACGGCCGUGGUUUUGUUUUACUCAGACAUGCAGGUAGAUCAUUAAUAUAGAGUAAGAAGAAUAGUGGCCCCAAUAUAGACCCGUGGGGUACACCACAUUUGACGUCAUUUCCCCCUGAAAUAGAUCCAUUGACUUCACAUCUUUGAGUACGACCAGUUAAGUAUGAUUUGAGUAAUAGAAAUGCACUUCCUGUGAUUCCAACUAGUUUUAGUUUUUGCAAUAAGAUCUCAUGGUCAACAGUAUCAAAUUAAGGUUUAUUUAGGUCUACAAAUACAACCAAAUUAAAAAGUUUUCUAUCCAUGUUUAUGUACCGAUCAUUUGUGCAAUCAAGUAAAGCUGUUGCAGUUGAAUGAAAUUUUCUGAAACCAAAUGAUGCUCAGAAAGUAUGUCAUUUGCACUCAAAUAUUCAUAAAGUUGAGUAUAUAGGAUACGUUCCAUAAUUUUACUAAUGGCUGGCAACACAGAAAUUGGUCGAUAAUUUCCUGGCAAGUUUCGUUUGCCAUUCUUAAAAAGGGGAAUUACCCUUGCAAUUUUCCAUUCAUGUGGAAAAGUACAUAAAGUUAUUGCUUGAUUAAAGAUGUAAGUCAAUGAAUCGGAAAUUAAUGGUGCAGCAAUUUUGAUUAUCUUGCUGGAUAUUUUAUCCAGGCCAGUAGCUUUGCUACCAGACAGUUCACGUAAUAAAAGACAAACAUGACUAACAGUAACUGACUGGAAUGCAGUAAAUUCAGAAUUAGUUUUGUCAAGGAAGUCUUUAGAAUGACAUCCUGGUGUACUAAUUUCUUCGGCUAAAUCCGGUCCAAUAUUUGAAAAGAAGGUAUUGAAGCCCUCAGAAAUUUCAUCAGGGCUUGUUAAUUUUAUGCCAUUUAAGUUUAAUUCGUUUACUUUAGUUCUUUGAUUUUGUUUACCAAGUAAGGUAUUAAUUGUCUUCCAAGCAGCUUUUGGAUCUUGCUUUUCAGUCGCUAUUUUAUUGGAAUAAUAUUCCUUUUUGGUUUGUCUUAGAAGAUUGUUUGUUUCAUUUCUGGCUUUUUUAUAGUUAUCCCAAUCUGUUUCAAGUUUAGUGAUAAUUGCUUUUCUUUUCAAAUUAUCUCUUGCAAUUAUUAGUUUUUUUUAUAUGACUAGUAAUCCAAGGAUUUUUUUUAGAUUUUGUUUUUUUGUUUUGAAUUGGGGCAUGUUUAUCUAGGACUUGUAAGAAAAGUUGUUUCCAAAUUUCCCACAUAGUGUCAGGAUUGUCUGCAAAAAAAUAGACAUGUUCCCAUGUUUGAGUUCCUAGGUCUUGUAAAAACUGCUGUUCAUUGAAUUUUUUCAUAUUUCUAAUUUCAAUUAUGUUAUCAUUAUCUUUGUGUCGAAUGUUAAUCUUUCUUAUGCCAUAAAUGAGACUGUGGUCACUAAUUCCAGUAUGUAUUACACCACAUUUGGAUAUUUUUCCUGGUUCAUUGGUAAUAAAAUGAUCAAUAAGUGUGGAGGAUGUCCUAGUGAUCCGUGUGGCUUUAUCAAUUAUCUGGGAUAAUUGAUAAAUUUCGAGUAAAGAUUUAAGUGUCUUAGUUGGAUGGUCAGGAAUAGACUUAAAAAGGUCGCAGUUAAGAUCACCCAGUAUAUAGAUUUCCUUGUUUUCAUUAUCAAUCUUUUUUAAUAGGUUUUCAAGAUGGAUAAAAAAAUUCGAUGAAGCAUCUGGGGGUCUAUAAACCGUAACAACCACAAAUGGUCUGCUAUGCGGUUUAGUUAUCUCUAUGCAUAUAGCUUCUAGAUCGGCUGGUAUAAGAUCUUGUCUGAUUUGGUAGUUUAUAGAAUUACGUAGAUAAAUGCAAACACCACCACCAUUUCUAGACCUAUCUUUUCUUAUAAUGUCAUACCCAUCUAUAUGAAUCAUACCAUCAGUUAUGGUUGAAUUAAGUCUGGUCUCACUAAAUGACAUUAUAUCGAGUAAUUUGUUUGACAUAGUUAAGUUAAUUUCAUCAAAUCUUUUUGGCAAGCUUACUGUAUUUAAAAAAGCCAUUUUAAAUCCACGCUGAUUGGGAAGACAAUUAAUUUUAUCCGAAAAAUCGUUACCCAUUUCUGUUUCAUUAUGUAUUUGACUAUGUUCUAUUUUAUUAUGUAAUAAUGGAUUACUUUCUACUGUUGUAUCAUUUUUGCAACGUGUGCUAGAUACGUUAGGCAUGUUGUCCAGUCCUUUGGGCGACUCGAUUGCCGCCUGCCUUGCCGAAAAAACUUACUACUAUCAUAGGUGGUCUUUCCAGAUCUUAUUGAUCUUAAGUAUGUACACAAAGUUUUUCCAAAUGCUUUAUCACCUGUAUAGUUUAGGUGAAGAUUUGAUCUGUUUAACAUGGACUGAUCAAUGUUACUAUUGUCAAUAAAUGUUAUAUUGUGCUUUUUGCAUAAUUCAUGCACUAGAUUGUUAUAUUCCGUUAUUUUAGAAUGAGGAACCUUAUUGUCAUACAUCUUUAUUUACCUGGCUUGCCCCAAGGUUCGGUGUUAGCCCCUAUACUUUUUUUGAUAUUCAUAAAUGACCUCCCCGAAGCGAUACCCCACCCCUCUAUUGUGGACAUAUCUGGCCGGAUUCACAGAGUCUGGGCGAUAACCUAUGUAGAAGCACUUUGAACCUGGAGCACUGGACAGAGAAUCUAAGUUUCAAUGAUCACAUCGACGCGCUAUGCAAAAAACUGACCAAGAGGAUCGGUCUAUUAAAUUCCAUAAUACAUAAUUUACCAAAUAGAGAACGAAUCCAAUUUUAUGAUGCUAUAAUUAAACCAUUGUUCAUGUAUGGUGGUUUGGUUUUUGUCGAUGACCAGUCAAGAAAAUCUUGUUAGAUUGUUUGAACUUCAAAAACGUACAGCAAGAGUCAUCUUAAAUAUCAAGUUAAGAGAAGAGAGAACCAUGACUUUGUUUAAAAAACUGAAAUGGAUACCUUUCACUGAUGAACUCAAAAAAAUAUAUAAGGUUGUAAUGUGUUUUACCCUCGUUAAAUAAAGUUGCUACUACUACUACUACUAUAGCAGCCAUCUUUACAAUAAUAUUCGCUUAUCGCACAGAAUAACACCAACUGAUAUAAUAGUUCAAAUGCAAUGAUAAGUUACCUCUUGAAUUACAUCUCAGAAACUGUGUUGAAAAUGGAGAUGCUGACCCAUUCCAUAAGAUUACCGUUUUACAUCGUUGUAUAAAACAUUUUGAUCGCAUGUAUAAAGGAAUUAUUUCUCAUCCCAGAGAUAUAGCCCAACGACUUAACAUUGACCUCCUUGUGAUUUUAUAGAGAUACAGCCUAAAACUACAGAACUGAGGAUUUUACAAAGCGAUAUCGGUACCUUCCCAAAGUUGUAGACAAUUAGAUAUGUUGCUUACGUCCAACACGCUUAAAAUUACAUAACUCAAAAUAAUUCGAGAAAAACCGUUUUUUUGUUCAAUGUAGAGACUGGUUCAUAGGAAUUAGUCAUUUUGAGUUAUGCAAUCGUGUGUCUUCAUCCAUCCGUGUCGUUGAACAAUGAAAAAAUUUGUUGUGAAAUUAGCGAAGAUAAAAUAGCAGUUUGUGAGAAAACUGCGGGUCUACGGUGCGGGAAGUUUUCGGAUUUGAACUCAGCGUGUUCGAAAGUGUUAGUUCCCAUAAAAAUAUUUCAGUUCCAAGACAUGCUUAAUGAAAAUCGUUUUCUAGGCACUUUUCGAGGUCACAGCAAACGGCCUACUAUAGCAACGUUUGUAUGAGCGACUGUUCAUCUGUAGUUGCAAGGGACGGUAAUAACAAGGUAAAGGUCAGUAUCACUGGUCAGUAUCACAACUAUUUAAUAAACUUGAAGUAAAGUUAGUAAACAAUGUUAUUUCCCACAAAGUUAAACAAAAUUUAGCUUUUUGUGGCUUUUUGAAGGUAUAAAAACCCGUGGAAACGGUGAAUUACUAUAAUAGAUUGAAAAUAAUUAUUAAACUGUGAUCUCGACUACGAUUGAAAUUAUCGUCUUAUCGAAGCAGAAUACUAUCUCGUUGUAUUAUAAAAUUUCAAUGGUAUUAAUGAUUUAAUAUUUCAUGUUAUUUACAAAAUGUACUGUAGUUUUGUACACAAUAUAAUCAGUGCGAACACGGCGAUGGCUUUGUUUCACUUUGAGCAUAUAAAAAUGAGUAUUUAUAACGUACGGGUCUUUCACGGUAUUUAAUAAAUUUAUAUAACGUCUGAUAUUGUAAUUGUAUAAAAUAAUCAGUGCGACCACAACGGCUCCGAAAUAACAGACUAUAAGGUACUAUUAAAAGCAGCAAAGCUUUACCUACCUCGAUAUAUUUUUCUAAGGCGCUAAGUUCGAUAAACUUGCGUUUCUUCGACGAAAGCGUGCAUAUUAAAGUGUUCACAUCAGAUGAAAAUGCUCGUCGUAAAAACUCGGUAUUUGUCGUAUUUUACAAAUCUGUCACGUGAUUUACCACCGCCCGUACACGGUACACCGCGACACGAAUUUAGAGCUAUAUGAAAGUUGCAUGCCCAUAUAUGGGCUUGCAACAAAAAUCACAUUAUCAUGUGGUACAAAUGCUGUUUUUUCAUUCGAAAAUUUGAAUUUGAGGUACAAUAUAUAAUAAUAAAUAAUAAUAAUAAUAACGAUUUAUUGGUAGGCUAAUAUAUCCACAGAGUGGCUCUUCGCUUACCAAAUUUUAUAAAUUAUCAGUAAAGUAUUCAUAAAGUCUAUAAACUAUUUUACGAAUAUUACUGCAAUAUAACUUUGAAUAUAUAACGUGUUCGACAGGACAAAAUAUUACAUACAAAAAUACGAAUUAACUAAGUUAGAACAAAACUGUACGAAACUAUAUACAAUUAAUAUUUCUUUCUAAGAUUAUCCAAGUCUUGACCAUGCAUGCUUUCAUGACUAAGAAAUUCUUGGUGUCAUUGUAGAAUACUCUAUAGUCUUUAUUAUAUUAUUGCUGCAGUUACUGGCUGUAUAUAUAUAUAUAUAUAUAUAUAUAUAUAUAUAUAUAUAUAUAUAUAUAUAUAUAUAUAUAUAUAUAUAUAUAUAUAUAUAUAUAUAUAUAAGACUAUAUUAUAAAAACGCCCUCGUCGUAUAUGGCUGAUUCGAUGCUACCCACCUUGAUGGCUAUUAGACAGCUUUGGCAAGGACAACAUGACGUCGACGAGGACGUUAAAAUAACGUCAUACACUUCACGUUUGCUUCUGGUUUGAAUCUGCGACUUCGUGUUCAUCUCUUUUGAAGAUGCGAUGUGACUUCGUGUUCAUCUCUUUUGAAAAUCUCUUGCUUUUUUCGCCGCUUCCAUAUUUCUUUAUCGUUUUCAAUUAUUUGUACACGUUUGUGCAAGAAAAUGCUCUAUUAUAGCUACUGGGCCAGUAUUUCCUAAACAUUUUCUAUGAACAUUCAACAAGUUCUUUUUGAUAAAAAGGUAUAUUUUGUUGUUUUUGAACAAAUGAAUUUUAUCGCAUCAUACGGACGAAAACGCAAAAGCUGCAGGAACUGUUCACGAGUCAAUUUUUAGUUUCUAUUUGAUUUAUUCGAUUUUCUAAGCUGUUCGAUAUUAAUAGGCAUAUAUGUAGUAAUAUAGGGAUUCGCAGCCUGUAUAUUACUGUGCAUAUCAGAGUUAACAUUGGUGAAAAUUCAAUGUUGUUUACGACUGUUUUUCCCGCCGAAAAGUGUUUUUUAUUUAAUUUGUCGUGUAUUUUCGUACUCGUUUGAGAGGGAAAUAAAAUUGAUCACCUUUGUACUUGUUUAAGCAGUAUUGAAGUGGUCAACAGUGCUUGCAGUCCUGUUUAUUUUUUUUAUGGCGAUGAAAGUACUCAACGCAUCCAAAACUCAGCGAAAUAUAAUAACACAAACGUUUCAAUCAAAACAAUAUUCAGCUACAAAUAUUGGAGAAAAUAUGGGAAACAAAAUGUAGUGUAUGGGAUUUAGUACCUUUUGGUGUAUACAUACAUACAUACAUACAAAACUUUAUUUAAACCACGUUAGCCUCAACAGCCGUUGGAAGGCUGGUUUCCAUAAGGGGCGUGAAAUUACCUAUUUACAAGAAGUUAACUAUAUACAGGAAAUACAAAAUACAACAAAAUAAAAAAUACAAGUGAUUUUAGCUGCACGAUUACCCACAAGCAAGUUUCAACUUAUUCUUUGUUUCAAUAUCGACUUGAAAGAGCUUAGGGAUUCAGCAAUUUUUGCCUCAUGGGGAAGAUUAUUCCAAUGCAAGGCACCACUAUAACUGAAGCACCUCUUGCCGAGUUCUUUUUUCGGCAUAGGUGGUGCUAAAUCAGUAUCCCUAUUUCUAAGAUUGUAAGUAUUAUGUCUUUCAUUAUUAAAUUGAAAUGCUUCUUUAAGAUUGGGUGCGGUGUGGCCAUUCAGAAUUUUAUAGACGAAAAUUGAUUUAAGAUAAUUUUGUCUUUCUUCUAGAGGUUUCCAAUUUAGAUUAUUGAAUAACUCAGAUGACCGAAUAUCGUAAGAUGCCCCAGUAAUUACUCUUGCAGCACGAUUUUGGUAUUUUUGCAACUUAUCUUUGAGCCCAAUUCCACAAUUAUCCCACAACGGGCUGCAAUAAUCGAAAUAAGGCUGUAUAAUAGCAUUAUAUAGCAUUUUGGUCGUCGACAGUGUUACAAAAGGUUUAACACGUCUCAUUGCACCAACGCCGGCACCAACUUUAGAACAGUUUGAAUCAAUAUGUUUAUCCCAAGACAACCUUUCGUCCAUAGUCACGCCGAGGCAUGAAUAUUUAUUAAUCCUGGGUACUAGCUUAUUAUUAAUUAAAAUAGGAUUACCAGAUACUUUAUUCUUAAGGUUAUAAUGAGAUCCGAUGAACAUAUGUUUCGAUUUACUGGGGUGGAUUUGAAGUUUAUUGUGUAUCAUCCAUUUGCGUAUGUUUUCGAGAUCAAUAUUUACCUUGUCGACAAGUGUAAAUAUGGUGUAUGUUAUUUAGUUUAGGUUUAGGUUAAAUACCAGGCUCCUACGAGUUAGGUCAUUUCACGAGUCAAGCUCGAGCCCGAGUCAAGCUCGAGCCCGAGUCAAGCACCAGUCACGAGUCAAUUUCGAGUCACGAGUCAAAUUUUCCAAUUUUGAUGCUGGUAAGUAUACUUUAUGAAAUAGCGCAUCUUACUUUAUUUACAUUCUCACCGUCGCUUGUUGUUAACAGUUCCACAAACCUGAAUCGGCUCGGUCGCUUAUCCCGCGUUGAAUGAUGGAAAUGCGAUGGAUUAUUCCCAUAUGCCUGGGCGUCCUUUUACGGCAAAGGCCUGCAUGGAACCGCUAUAUAUUUGUGGGACUGUGGACGAGCCAGUGUACAGACAAGUGAGACAACGACUAUGGGAAUUCUGUUUGUGAGAAAUCCGGUAAUUCCUAAUUUGCGAGCGGGUAAGCCGACAACCGUUUGUGCAGGCUUUGCAAAGCCUAUUUUUGAAUAUUAUUGCAAUAUCAUAAUUUUUGACGUAAAGAAACGUAUUACUUACUCAAAUUUUAACUAAGUUAAGUUACUUUAAUUAAACUUAAAAUAUCCGCCAAGUUGUGACGUAAUUGUUGCCAUAGCAACGGCAGUUGUGUUACACCAAUCAGAUACUCUCUGUUUUAAAACAAAUAAUAAUUUUCCAGAAAUUCAUAUUCACAUCAGAAAAUCUUUAAUUUUUAAUUUUUAAAAAAGUGUAGCAAGCCACUUUUAAGGCCCACACAGACCGAACGCCAUUCGGCAACGCGACGCGAAUUUUAAAAACAAAUAAAACUGUGAACUGUUGAAAAUUUUACAAGACAUGUAGACCAAAUAGUUAAAAUUGCUUAAGUGGUUCCGAAUAUUUGAAAAACAUAGAAAAAUAUUGAAGUUAGAUGUCAUUGAAAAUUGAAAAUUCGCGUCGCGUUGCCGAAUCGCGUGCGGUCUGUAUGGACCUUAAAAGACAAGUAGAUGAAAAACUGCACGACUUCGUAACGGUUUAUAAUAUGAGUGAAACAGAUUGCAAACAUAUUUUUAAGAAAACCAUGCUUUUACUAUACCUUUACCAGAGGCCAUUGUUUCAGUUUCAUAUAUAUAACCCGCUCACAGGCAAGUAACCUUCAUUUUUGAGGCAAACAAGUAUAACAGUUGAUUUCGGAGGUGUGUCGAGGGUGUGAGAAAGCUUUUCCUGCGAAGUGUAUAGGCGAUUGUCAGAGGAAGUUAGACAUUUUUAGCUUGACUCGAAUUGGACUCGUGACUCGAGCUUAACUCGGGCUCAAGCUUGACUCGUAAAAUGAAUACACUAGGCUCCUACAACUCGGAUAUAGUUGAUAACGAAGUCAAGAUGGCGAAUAUUUGUACUUUGAAAUUAUGAUUUUAAUCGUCUUAUUUGUAUGUUAUCGAAGCGGCGACGAGGUAAAAUUGGCGACGAGGUAAAACAAUACUUGUAUAAGAGUUUUACAACAAAAAUAAACGAAAUAUAGGGAAGGAAACGACAAUAAUAGUCUGUUUUCGAGACCUUGAAACACUUGGAUUAAGAUGGAAACGGUGGUUGUGUCUGGUUUCCAGAGCUGUAUGUUCUGGAUAUAUUUUCAACCCUACCAAAUACAGGUGGUGUUCAAGAUUCUAAGGAAGCUACUGAUGCUUUGAAUACAUACUUUAUUCCAAAAAUUGAUACUACAUAUGCUAGACAUUGUUUCAGAAAAUUAACACAAGCUCCAGGAGAAACAGUUCGCCAGUUUCCAGCUAGAUUGAGACGAGCUGCAAAAGACUGCGGUUAUGGAGAUAAAUCAGACAAUCAAAUUCGUGAUGAAAUUCUCUGUAAAUGUUCAAGCUCGUAGGCUACAUUAAAAGGAAACUGUUGGAGGAGGGUCAAGGACUUACCCUAUAGAACAAAUACUCGAAGUCGCUGAGAACUGUUAGAAAGUUGAUUCGCAGUUUGCAACGAUGUCGACAGUGAAACGAGAAGGUGCUGAAGUUGCGAAUUAUGUAAAAGGUAAAAAGCGUGAUUGGCGUGACAGUAAUAAGGAACAGAGAACUGGUCAAGAUAAAAGCUGCUACAGAUGUGGUAAACUUGGUCAUUUCGGAAAAGGUCCCAGUUUCCCCGCGAAGGGAAAGGUCUGUCGAAAGUGUGGUUUAAAGGAUCAUUUCGAAGUAAGACGUAAUGUAAGACGUAGCCCAAGGAAGAGAAAGGUAAUAACGUCAGCUGAUGCCAACAGCGUAGAAGUACGGUCAAUGCGUGUGGUAAACUCAGAGGAAGAGGAUCUAGUAUAAUCAUUUAUCGUGGGAAACACCAAGCCAGAAAAAGUUGAAGUUAUUGUUGGAGGAUGUCAAUUGAAUAUGAUCAUUGAUUCUGGUGCUAGCGUUAAUCGUAGAUAAACAAACGUGGGAAUGGCUGAAGAAAAAUAGAGUCAUGUGUACUUCAUCUCGUUCAGAAAAGAAACUCUAUAGAUACGCUUCACAGACACCAAAGGAGAUAAUCGGGACAUUUAAUUGUAAAAUUCUCUGUUGGUGAUCACGUCGUGGAUGCAGAAGUCUGUGUUAUUUCUGGGCGAGGAGAGUCACUCCUUGGCAAAGAUACAGCUAUGAAACUAGGAGUUAUUAAGCUAUGGAGCUAUGUUAGUUAUGGAGUUAUGGGCGUUGACGUUGCUUCAGUCAAGUCGUGACUGCAGAGCGUUGGUGAAAUGAUUCAGAGAAAAUACCCAGAGGUCUUUAGUGUGUUCAGUGAGCUUGAUUUAAAGUGGAGGUUCCACCAGUUGGAACUAACCCCUGAAUCAAAAGAUAUUACUACAUUUUUCACUCACUGCGGAUUAUACAGAUACAAAGGGUUACUGUUUGGUGUCAAUUCUGCAUCAGAGCAAUACCAACACGAGAUCCAGAGAGUACUUGCAGGAUUGGAAGGACAGGUAAAUAUAUCUGAUGAUACCAUUGUGCAUGUGCAAAACCAAGAGGAUGACACUCGGUUAGAGAAUGUUAUCAAGCGACUGGGAGAUUUUGUUUUAACACUCAAUGUCGAAAAGUGUCAAUUUAACAUGAGUCGCCUGACAUUUGUUGGAAUGGUUUUGUCCGGAAAUGGCAUUAACUGCACGAAAGAGAAUGUGAGUGCAGUGGUUGAAGCGAGAGAGCCAGAGUCAGCGUCAGAAAUGCGAAGCUUCCUGGGUCUAGUGAAUUAUUGUGGUCAAUUUAUCCCUGACUUGGCAACCAUAUCAGAACCCCUAAGAUGUGUAACUAAGAAAGGAGUAUCAUUCAAUUUUGCCUCGGUGCAGAGGGAAUAGUUUCAAGAUUUGAAGAAUCUUGAUUAUUUUGAUAAAGAUGCACCAAUUCAAGCAACCUCGUACCCACGGCCUUUGCGCGGUUACAGAGUCUCUGGUACGGGAAGCAAAGGCCCUGGUAAACACUGGUCACGUGACUCCAAAAAUAUUGGGCAUUUCGUAAUAAUUUAGCUUUCAAUCCGGGGGGAGCGGAGCCGAUUGAUUUUGUCAAACAUGGCAGCGCGAGGUGCGACGUUUUCGAGUUUUUAUAUUAUUAUGAUAAAUAAAACUUUGCUAGUGAGAUUUGAGAGUGGGUAUAUAUUAACUAUGCAUUCUACGAGCUUUCUUUCAACAAAUUGUGGAAUAGCUAACGGUAAUACUUAUCAAAGAUCGAGGAUCAAACUGAGGUAAAACUAGUAAAGUGAUCUGUCCAUAAAGACUUUAAAUUGUCUAUUUUGUAUCCAGCUGCUUGUGUGCGACGUUUUAUAAAGAAUUUAAUAAACAAUGUUGAUCAUAAGUAAUUUUUAUGUAUUGACCAAAGAAUAUCACUUGGGCUUAUUUAUUGUACUUUUAUGGAAGGAUAAAUACUCAGUAAUAUGUGCCUGUAUAGUCCAAGGGACAUCUAUGGAAAGGAAAUUCUUCAUGUUUAAACAUGUAGUUAUCAAAGCAGAAUAUUUUGAAACAAUUAAUUAACUGGUGGAGUGACAGGUUGGUUUUCGUAUGUAUGUAGUUUAAAAUACAGUUGUGAAUAAAAUUAUACACAGUUUCAUGCAAAUGACACCUUUUGUGUGUAAGUUAAUUUCAUAUUUAUUUUUUGGGAUGUUUAUUUCUGUUUGUCUGGAAAGGGGGGGGGGGGAGUACCAUUCCUGAAUCAUGAGAAAUAAUAUACAGUGAUCUUGAAACAUGAAAAAUAAUAGGAAAGAAGCCCUGAAGCACAUGUAUAAAAUAUCAAAUUUAUUAGGAAUCUGAUAUCAGUGAGAUGUGACUCCGGAGUCUUAAAGACAAAUAACAGUCUGUAUACUGGGUGUGCGACUGUGCGUUCACCUAUUUGUUUACAUUUGCAGUUACAUCAGUUCAUGAUUUAUGAAAUUUGAACCAAAACUGUAACAAUUUUAGUGACGGCACAAGUCACUAAUAAUUUUAGGGUAAAUACUUCAUUUGUCAGUUGCAUCUUAUAGUAUAUACUGUAUUAAUAUUUUUAAAAAAAGUUGUAAUUGUACCCUGUCUAAUAUCUUUGGUUCAAUACAAUUGGCGACUGGUCUGUCUUAGAAUUCAUGAAAGACCUUAAAGUUUGCUAAAACCUCAAGAAAACAUGCCUUUUAUCAGGAGAUCAAUUAAAUUUUCUGCUUCAACCAGAUUAACCACACAAAUGUUAUUGUCACCAUUGUGACUACCGACACUUUUUACAAAUAUUACACCGAUAGUUGAGACUCUGACUGACAUAUCAUACCGUGUUUUCAAAUAUCUUUGGCUUUGGUUAAAAACCAACAUCCUUAAACAUUUUAAAUACUUCAGCCUACAGAAUUUCCAUAAUGAUGGUCAAUUAUUCCACUCCCUGAGAAUACUAUAAUUACUUCUUUCCCAUAAAAAUUCUUUUGGGUUUAAUUGAAAUAUUAUUAUUCACAGCUGGUCUAAAAAAUUAGGACUAACAUUGGGUGGUUUGAUGCAUCAUACUUUUGUCAGUAAAAUUAAAAAUCUAUUCAAUCCUUUCCAUAUCUAUUCAAUCCAAUCCUAUUUGUAUUAAGGAGGUAGGGCUUAACAGAGAUACACAGAGGCUUAAUAAAUAUGGUUACACUAAAUUUUAUCAGUUUGUAAAUUUCAUUUUUUACAUUCUGAAACCAAAAAUCACCAUAUUACGCAUGAAUUACAUAUCACAGUUGUCACAGAGUGAACAUACCAAAUUUAAACAACAUUCACAUGCAUUGUUUCUAGAUGAAAUAUCAACAGAUUUUUUGUGCAAACAAUGUAAUUCAUGAGGUGAAAAAUGAGUGUUUAUAUGAUAUGUGUGCACAGAGUUUCAAGACCAGCUAGCGGGGCUGAAACCAGUUUUCCCAGUUAUGCUUAGAGCUGAUGAGAACAUAACAUUAGUUUUAACACAAAAUGGCAAUUUACCCAGCCCAUGGCAAUAUCACACAAUAUACAAAAAUGCACCCAGGUUCUUCCUUCUCACCAGCACAAUUGAUCAAGUCAUACACAUUCAUUACUGCCAAUCUCUUUAAUAUUUAUGUCUCAUUUACAAUUGCUAUGUACAAGUACAAUAUAUUUUCAUUAUCAGCAGUAUUAUCACAACAUCUAUUUCACUAGCAUCAUCAUCAUCAUCAUUAUUCUCACCAUUCUAAUUGAAUGAAUGAAUCAAAAAUUUCCUAUCACACCACUCAUAUUACUUAAUUGCCCAAGGUCGGGCCAUUUCACAGCACUCCAGGAUCUGAAUACCUGCAACCACCUUUUUAAUCUAAUAAGAUAAGAGAAACGAAUGACAAAUGUUUUUCUGGCACACUGGAACAUCAUUGCCAUAAAAUAAAUGUCAUUUGAACCCUCAUUUUGCUCUGCUCAAUUAGGUUGCAAGGUAAAUAAUAGGGAUGUAGUAAGUUAAGCCAGUAUUACUGAUAAUUGUCUCUUUACAUUUUGCUCACAACCAAACUCCAAUUAUAUGGAGCAAGUAUAGAAUAUCCAGCCACUUUUUAUUAUUCACUUUUAAAACCUUACCCUUGACAAGUAAACUUAUCUGGUGUUGGACAGAGAAAAAUAACAAAGUACGCCAUAUUUGAUUAUCCCAUUAGUGUGCAAGACUCUCCCUUGGAUGGGUAGAAUUGGGGGUUAUGGAGAUUUACUGGCAAGAGGUGGGGGAAACAUUUCCUCCAGUAAAAUUUACGGGGGCCAUUGGAAUUUUUUUAAACAUCAAAAUCAUCAACCAGAGUAUUGAGGCGAUAAAGAAAAGAAAAGAAAAGAAACGAAAAGAAAAGAAUGCCUGACUGUUCUGUAAAAUUAAUGUAAUUUGAUUUUCUUGUCGGAGAAAGUUAGGUAAGGUUGGCAUUUUCACACUUUUCUAUUAUCAUCGUACUAUUCUGUUAAGUUUUUAUUGAAUGAGUCAGAGACUAAUAGAUUGGUAUGAGGACAGUUAAUUUGUAAUAAUUUUUGCAUGUAUUCAUUUAUUAACUUUUGACUACUGUAUAAAUGGUCAGCCAGUUUUAAAAAUAAGUAUUUUACUGAGGGUACUGCCUGUCCUGAUGAUUUUACAUGUCAAAGAGAACUCCAGUUAUGAAAUAAGAAAGAUUGAAUAUUUUCUGAGCAUGUUGGAACAGAAGAUGUUGAUUUUAGUGAAGGAUGGAGAGAACCAAAAAAUAUAUCAGGCAUGAAGGAGGGUAAUAUAUAUCCAAAAGCGAAAGAUGGAGGAAUAAUUAGACGAAGAAAACUAAUUAUACAAACAGACAGCCACGAAUCUGCUGGAAUUUAGGAUAUGUAAACUGAUAAAUAUGUGAGAAUAUAUAAAUUUUAUAAAUUGCACCGCUUACCCAAAAUCCAUGUGACUUCAAAGUUUAUAAUUUCCAUCAAAAUAAAAGCAAGCUUAAAAUCUGCUGCCAGUUGUUUUAAAAUAUGGUUAUAAAACACUUGUUAUACCUUCAUACUUUAUAAAUCAAAGGCAGACCAAGGAAAAAUCAUGUAUAAAUGUGUUUUUUAAAUGUUAUAGUUCGCCCAUUGUUCAGUUUUUCAUCCCCCCGGGAUGACAUGACCUUAAUAAGGCCAGGUUACAAAACUGUCCAAUAUUUUUGGAGUCACGUGACUAGUGUUUACCAGGGCCUUUGCUUCCCGUACCAGAGCCUCUGAAGCGCGCAAAGGCCCUGGGUACGAGGUUGCAACUCAAGUAGUUUCUGGUGCGAGUCCUGUUGGGUUAGGAGCGGUGUUGACUUAGACUCAUAAAGAUGGUCCACGAGUUAUCAGCUACGCAAGUCGCAGCAUUACUGAAACCGAAAAGAGAUACUCGCAGACAGAGAAGGAAGCCUUGGCUUUGGUAUGGGCUUACGAGAAGUUCCACCCGUAUGUAUAUGGGAUUUCGUUUGAAUUGAUCACAGACCACAAGCCAUUAGAGGUCAUUUAUGGGCCAAGAUCAAAGCCUUGUGCACGUUUUGAACGGUGGGUACUGCGAAUUCACACACAUUUAAAGUGAAGUAUGUUCCAGGAUCGAAGAAUAUUGCUGACCCGUUGUCAAAAUUAAUACAUGGCCGUCAAACCACCAGGGAAUAUGAAACAGAGGCUGAAAGUUAUGUACGGUUCGUGGCAGUGACAGCAACGCCUAACUCAAUGACAACUCGAGAAGUAGAAGUCUCUGCAGAUGACGAAGAACUCACGGCGGUAAGAAAGGCUAUUAACGACAGUUCAUGGGAUAAGAUGGUCUACAAACAAUACAUCCCGUGUUGUGACGAGUUCUGUGUAGUUGGUCAACUAGUGCUCGGAGGAACAAGAGUGAUUAUUCCAAAGAAGUUAAGACCCAAAGUGCUAAGUUUGGCUCACGAGGGGUAUCUUCGUGUUGCUUCGAAGUAAAGUUUGGUGGCCAGGACUGGAAAAGGAUGCAGAGAAGUAUUGUAAAGCGUGCUAUGCAUGGGUGCCAAUUAGUUAGUCGUCCUGACGUCGUAGAGCCCAUUAUAACGACUACAGUACCCUUCCUAUAGUGGCCCAUGGAGAGAUUUAGCAUUUGACCUGUUAGGACCACUGAUCUGAAAUAAGACUGGAUAACGCAUCUAUAGUAUACAAAAGUGAAGCCGGAAGUCACCGGCCGCCACCCGAUUCUGGGGCCCCACUUUUGUAUAGAUUUGUAUUACAGACGGUAGUUUUUCGCCUUUUUUGCCUUUGCUACGUUUCCGAUCGGGCCAAUUUUACAAUCACAACGAUAGAAGCAUACAAGAAGAAUUUUGAACUAUAUUAGUAGCAGUAUUAUGGCUUUAUAACGCCGCGAAACGGGAUUUACAACUCUGAAGGAGUGGAGAGCCUCAGACUUUGUUUAUCAACACGAGCUCGUUUUGCUACUUUCAUACAAAAUCAACUCGAAAUAUACAAGAAUUAUUGUUACUGGACGAAUAUUCUCACGAAAUUUGAAGAAAUAAAGCAGCUACAUUGUGAACGAACGCGUACAGAGGUUAGUUUUAAAUUACCUUGAGGCUACUUCCAUAAUUACAUAAUUAAAAUAACAUAUUGAGUCGUUGUUUAUAAUUUGGAUUAAAAAUAUUUCAUUGUCACUUGUCUCCCUACUUUAAAACAUAUAAAACUUCUCGACAAGUCGCCUAGGAAUGCUUUUGACAAAAUUGAUAUUUAAAACUAUUCCUUAUUAAAUUCGUAUAAUUAUAAAAGUAGCCUCAAGGUAUUUUAAAACUAACCUCAGUACGCUUUCGUUCACAAUGCAGCUGCUUCAUUUCUUCAAGUUUCCUGAGAAUAUUCGUGCAGUAAACAGUAAUUCUUGAAUAUUUUAAGUUGAUUUUGUAUGAAAGUAGCAACGAGCUCGUGUUGAUAAACAAAGUCUAACCUCUGUACGCUUUCGUUCACAAUAUAGCUGCUUCGUUUCUUCAAAUUUCGUGAGAAUAUUCGUCCAGUAACAAUAAUUCUUGUAUAUUCUGAGUUGAUUUUGUAUGAAAGUAGCGAAACGAGCUCGUGCUGAUAAACAAAGUCUGAGGCUCUCCACUCCUUCAGAGUUAUAAAUCCCGUUUCGCGGCGUUAUAAAGCCAUAAUACUCCAAAUUUUUUGCUCAAACUUCUUCUUGUAUGCUUCUAUCUUUGUGAUUGUGAAAUUGGCCCGAUCGGAAACGUAGCCAAGGCAAAAAACGCGAAAACCUACCGUCUGUAAUACAAAUCUAUACAAAAGUGGGGCCCCAGAAUCGGGUGGCGACCGGUGACUUCCGGCUUCACUUUUGUAUACUAUAGAUGCGUUAUCCAGUCUUAUUUCAGAUCAAUGGUUAGGACCUUUACCUACGGGAGAGUCGAUACUGGUUGUUAUCGACUAUUACAGCCGUUACUAUGAAGUUGUUAUCAUGAAAUCAACCCUUACUGCUAAGGUCAUUGAAAAUCUUGAAGAAAUAUUCUUUAGACAUGGUCUUCCCGAAAGUUUGACGUCUGAUAAUGGACCUCAAUUCAUUUUCACAGAAUUUUCAGCUUAUAUGGAUUAUCAAGGAAUUCGACACAGAAGAGUAACUGCAAAGUGGCCUCAAGCGAACGGCGAGGUCGAACGACAGAACCGGUCAUUGUUAAAGAGAAUCCAAAUCGCACAAACAGAGAAGAAAGAUUGGAAGAAGGAAUUAUGUAAAGGAAGGUAAGAUGUAUGCUGGCGAAAGACGAAAUGCCCAGUACUCGGAUAUUCUUCCUGGUGAUAAAGUAUUGGCACAGCAAGAGAGGCAGAACAAGUUCUCAUCCCGAUUCAACCUGUUCCAUUUACCGUGGUGAAGAUUCGUUGCAAGAUUCGUUGCAAGAUCCAGUGCCAAAGCAAGAAGAAACAAUACGUGAAGAAAUACCACAUCAUACCACACAUACAAUUCGUGAAGAACUACAACUUCAUAAAGACGAAAGAGUUUCAAAUGAAGGAGAGACAAUCGGACAGGCGAGCAGCUCUCUUAAGAAAAACAUUCCAUUAAGACGAUCAGAAGGGAUAAAAAAAACCAAGCUAUUUGAACGAUUAUGCUUGCACAUUUACUUAAUUCGGACACUUCUAUUUCUAGUUAUAUUACAUAGUAUUUAGGUCCUAGUAAAUAAGUAUAUUUGCGAUCAUUAAUUUUUUAGGAUAAUCUUAAAAGGAAAAAGAAGAACAAAGACGUAAUUAAAGUGUUUUGUUAUAGGAACUAUAUAUAUAAACUUUGUUUCUGGAUGUAUGUGUUUAGUACCUUUUGGCAUAUGUUAUUUAGUUUAGAUUUAUGUUAAAUGCCAGGCUCCUUAGCUCCUACGCUCGGAUAUUAUUGAUAACGAAGCCAAAAUGGCGAAUGUUUGUACUUUGAAAUUAUGAUUUUAAUAUAUAAACAAUCCGUGUUACUUGUAUGUUGUUGAUUGUGGUGCAUACUCCCAUUUUUUUUUCAAAACAAGCAUAAAUUUGUGACGUUCUAGAGAGGACGUGAAAACACCUUGAAUGCCGUCCUAAACACAACGUGAACGACGUCCUAGACUAAUCCGGACGUAAAAUCCCACAUCCCUGGCUAUUUUCACGUCCUCGUCGACGUCGCGUUCUGUUUGCUAAAGCAGUCUAAUAGCUCAUGUACGACUUGAGCUCAUGGUAUAAUUGUUGAAUAUCGUGCAGCAGAUGAUGGUCAACCAGCAAUUAUUUGUUAUGAUAUGGAUGGAAAUCAAAUUAUUGCUUGCGUCUGCAGAUUCCAUUCCCGUGCACAGAAAGCGAGUAUAUAUAGCUGGAGUAUAUAUAGUAAAUAUAUGAUAACUUGAAACAGUAUAGUGUUUUCCCACAUUGUGUUUGCCAUGCAUUUUAUGCGGCAUGGCUGUUUAUGCAUGCAAAUGCGCAAUCUGUUAGUAUAGGUGGGUUUCGCUAAGUGUUAUACAUGGUGAUAGUCAAUGCAACCAAACAGAAAAUAACCGAAACACAACUAUGCGGGUUCCUUUUUCCUGAGCCAACGGCGCGAAGCGCCGUUCCGGGCGGAAGCCCGGGGCGAGGGUACUCAUUCCGUCCAGCUAUUUACACACGGGGAAAGGAACACACUAGCGAAGUCUAAAGUUCGUCAAAUAUCGCGGGCGCAUGGUGUAUGGGUGGUCAUCUCACUGAUCUCAAAAUAUGGCUGCUUGCCAGGAGUGAAGAAGGGGAAAAUAUAAAUAAUACAUGUAGGAAAGCUUGGGAAAUCGUUUCACAUAACAAAUUGCAAAACAUUUUUUCAAUUUUUAAACGUAAAUAUUGAAUCGAUAAGAAUUGAUUUAGUUUGAGAAAUCCUAAAGUAUAGCCUGGCAAGUUUGUUUCAAUGGUUUAUGUAUGACUUUUCAUUAUUAUAGACUUUGUUUUUGUUAAAAUCUUUCUAUGCAUUGUAUGCGAAAGUUUCUUUGUUAAAUUAACGUUUGUAGAAGUUCAUGAUAAAAAGGAAAGCAAAUUAUUUCAUUAGCGUCCUGUAUGAAUUAAAUUUAUUUCAUUUCAAAGUGCGAGUAAUUUAAGUCCGUUUAAUAUCGGCAAAAAACAGUUGAUUUCAAUUUACAUUUAAAAACGUUUUAUCUAGAGUAUCAUUUUGAAUUUUACAUUAAAAUAAAGCCAACACACAAUCCAAAAUAAUAUACCUAUUUAUAUAUUUUUGAAAUUGAUAGUUUCGUAUUUAAAAGUGUUCAAGUUUCAUCUAUUUUUUGCAGGUUUGUACAAAAAAUUUUAAAAAAAAUUAUCGUGUUGCCAUGACUAACAUGACGUGAGCAACGCGGGCCUGCGUUCAGUGUUGGCGUAACUACGAAUACUUCAUGUUGAAACAAUGCUUGGGGAAUAUAGGCGAGGGGUUGUUGCAUGCAUGUAUUUCUAGUCUACAAAUAGUACACCGUUAUUGUGACUUUGGGGCUUUUAGUACUGUUUAAUAAACAAGCAGGAGUGUUAAACCUAAUAAAACACGACCUGCUAGUUUAUUAAUAGAUAUACUGCCUUAGUUAUUAGUAUUCUUUAUAUAAAGAAUACUAAUGAGGACACGACUACAAUAGAUACCGCCUUAUUAGUAUUCUUUAUAUGAAGAAUACUAAUUAGGAGUGUUUUAUCAGGUUUAAAGCCACUUCACGUGACAUAUUACGGUUGACAUGAUUUGCUUUAUGAUUUGCUUUAUGAUUUGAAGUACUAGUUAAAAUAUGAGCAGCUGAUCUUUACCGUAUUUACAAUGGCGAGCGCGCAAAACGUACUUGUAAAAUGAAUUUAUUUGCUUACUUUAUUAGUAUUCUCUGUCCAUGGGGACAAUCUCACGCUUCAUUAGCUACUAAAACUUAAAUUAGUAUGGUUAACUUUCAUAAACAUCCAUGCUUCUCAAUUAGUAUUGCUAACUUUCAUAAACAUCCCUCUAACACGACUUUCUGAUCUUUAAUGCGGUUUAUACAAGUGUGCACGUGUGACCUAAAUACCGCAUCGUGAUUUGUUUGUAUAGGUAAUCAUGCGAUGGCGAGUACAAUUAUACCCUGGUUGCCAGAGGUUCUGUAUCUUUCGCCUUAUUCCCGCUC